UUGCAUAGAGAAUGUCUUUGCUUUCACCUCCUCUCCCAAUCCCAAUUCUCCAUAGCUCUACACACCAUUAUAGCACUCUUCGUCUUGUUAAUCUUCAAAAGUCUCCAUCUUUACACUUCCACAGAAACCUUAAGCUCUAUAUCGGAGCUUCUGCAGUUCCCCUUCACCGGAGGUCGGCGAAUUUUCCGGCGUCCGGUGAAGUUCUUCGUCGAAUUGCUGCUUCUGCUGUUCUUUUUCUUAGUUUGGGUUCGACCCUUUUCGCCUUUAGGGCAGUUGCUUCAACCCAUGUUCCUCCUUCAGACCCUUGUGUAACUCAGCUUCAGGAACAAGAAUCUCAAGGCACUAGGGUUGGAAAAUCAGAAAAUGUGGAGGAUAUCGAUAAUGAAGAACUUCAAGCAGCAUUUGAGAAAUGGAAGUCUAAGACAUAUGCUUUGACUGUUCCUUUAAGAGUUGUUUCUCUUAGUAACUCUUUUCCUCCUGUAUGGCUCAAGGAUUUUUUGCGAUCUCAAGGGAAGAGAGUGAAAUUACGUUCUGAGUUUCGUCAAAGCCUGCAAGACAUCUUUCAUGAACUUUGUAUACCUUUACAGAAAGGAAAAAUUAAUCCUAAAUCUGCUCUGGCAGCUGAUGUUGUCACUCUGGGUGAUACAUGGCUCAGUCAUGCCAUUGAGAAGAGAUUAAUUGAGCCGAUGGACGGUUUAGAAGAUCAAGAUUGGUUUGAGAAUUUGAAUGAGAAAUGGAAGGUAUAUUUGCGCAGGAGUGAUGAUGGGAAACUGGAUGCUAGUGGUAGGAUAUGGGCGGCUCCAUAUAGAUGGGGAAGCAUAGUGAUAGCUUACAAGAAAAGUGAAUUUCAAAAGCGUAAAAUGGCUCCUAUAGAGGACUGGGCCGAUCUAUGGCGACCUGAGCUUGCUGGAAAGAUUGCAAUGGUAGAUUCACCACGAGAGAUUGUGGGUGCAGUGUUAAAGUACAUGGGAGCAUCAUACAACACAAUAGACAUGUCUGAAGUUGCUGGUGGGAAAGAGGCCGUGCAGCAGAAUCUUGCUUCACUUGUUAAACAGGUCCGGCUAUUUGAUAGUCGCCACUAUCUUAAAGCCUUCGGAGUUGGAGAUGUAUGGGUAGCUGUUGGAUGGAGCAAUGAUGUUAUUCCAGCUGUGAAGCGCUUGUCAAAUAUUGCUGUUGUUGUUCCCAAAUCUGGUGCAAGUUUGUGGGCUGAGUGCUGGGCAAUACCUGCUGCUUCAAGAAUUGCAACUGAUCAAAUAGGUGGAAGAGUUAGAGGACCAUCACCAGUAGUGCAUCAGUGGAUAGAAUUCUGUUUGCAAGCUGAAAGAUUCAAAGACGACGUUGUCCCAGGUGCUUCACCUAACACCCUUGGAUCCUCAGUUAAAGUCUCCGAAGCGCUUACUAGAGGUAGACCAAAACUUGAGACAAACCUCAUUGCUGGAGUCCCUCCAUCUGAUAUCUUGGCUAAAUGUGAACUUAUAGAGCCAUUACCAGAAAAGACAUUGUCCGAGUAUCGGUGGCUAAUAAAUAGUGUACAGAAGCCGGAGAGUUCUCUGGCGGAUAGAUUAAGGAAUCGUAUCUCGUCACUAGCUCAUAGCCUUCUUUGUAAAGUGCAGUCAAAAGAUGCCUGAAAGUAAACAUUGUGUUAUGUUUAAAUAAUUUAGUUGAACAUUUGUAAUGGUGUAUACAGUAUCUUUAUGUGUGAAGGUUUUUUUUCCA